AUGGCGGUUGCUGGCGCGAUGCAGGCCGUUGCUGCAACAAAGCGGCCACACGCGGUACUCAUGAUGGGCGACAAUUUUUACCGCCACGGCCUGAACUGUGCUGACGAUGCCGGCGCGGAUUUUGGAUAUGGCGAGGCGGCUGACGCGCACUACGACGUGGUCGUCGUCGCGUUCAGCGUUGCGCUUCCGAGGGCAAUCAGGCGUGGCAUGUCGGGAGAUGCCGCCUUUGAGCGUACCCUCGCGGAGGCGGUUGCUGUCGACACGACCGCAGCUGGCGAGGCGGCGUCUCCGUCGAACGUGCGAGACAUGCGGCUGGGCGCGUGGCAGCAGGGCGGAGAGCCGGCGGGAGCGCUCGGCUCCGCCUUUGACGCCAGGUUUGGCGGGAGCGGCUCGUGGCGCAUGAGCGGCGUCACGGCGCGGGUUGGCCGGCUGGAGGAUCGGCCGUGCAACCAGAAGCACUCUCCGCGCUUCAACGCCACCUUCGAGGAGGUGCCCUUCUACGUGAAUGCUGGCAACCACGACUACUAUGGCUUCGUGCGGGCGCAAGCUCCGUGGUACACCUUCAGCCUGCGGCGGGAGAGGGACGGCCUCUCGGUGCUGGUGGUGAUGGCCGACGCAGUCAAGUGGGCAGGCCUGUUCUCGCCCGAUAGCAGCCUGUGCACGCCCUACCGGGGCAGCCUCUCGAGGUGGGGGAAGCAGACGCCGGUGAGCUGCAUCCCUCCCGGCGAGCCGUGCGACAGCGACUGGACGGUGGCGGCGGACGGCACUUUCCACGAGAGCGCGAGGGCGCACGAGGAGUGGCUGCUCCGCACGCUCGCCGGUGCAGCGCACGACUGGGUCAUCGUCUCGGGCCACUACCCGAUCUGGUCGGUCGCCGAGCACGGCCCCACGCCCGAGUUGGUGGAGGAGCUGCGGCCGUACCUCUUCCAGCACGGCGUGGCGCUCUACCUCAACGGGCACGACCACAACGCGCGCCCGCCGCUCUGUCGAGCCUCAGCUGCGCAGCACAUCGUUGAGCCGCGAGCCAUCGCGCACCUCGACAAGAGGGGCACCGAUUACGCCCCGCCCGCAGACGCACUGCGGUCCAACAAGGCGGCCGCGGAGGACUUCGUCGGCCCGUUCACUGCCGAGUCGAUGCACUACGUCACGGUCCCAUUCUUCGACGCGGAGGGCUCCUUCGCGCGGGUCGACGUCGUGGACAAGCACACCGCGGUCCGCACGCGGGCGGCGAGGCCGAUCAUGGUGGACCGCUCAUCCUCUGGCAACAAGCCGGUGGAGGUCGACAUCGUGGCGAUGCCGCCUCGGAGCGAGCGCCAGCGGCUGUGGUGGGAGUGA